GCGUGCCGGCAACAACCUCAUAUCGGGUUCCCUGCCUUCCACUUUUACAAAGACGACUCACCUCGGUUACAUUGAGCUGGAGAACAACAACCUGAGUGGGACAAUCCCUACCAACCUGGCCACUCUUUCCGUACUAUUCGAGCUUGUUUUGGCAAACAACGAGAUUACUGGCCCCCUUCCAACCACGUGGACGACGACUAAUCUUAAUAAGAUCGACUUGAGCAACAACCAGCUGUCUGGCACGAUACCGGACGACAUUACCGGCUUGGUCUACCUCACAGUGCUGGACCUGAGCUCCAACCGCCUCACUGGCACCAUACCGCAAGGUCUUGCUAGUCUUGGCAAUCUAUACACGCUCAAUCUGAGGAACAAUCUGCUGACAGGGAAGGUACUCGAGCCCGUGCCAGCAUCAAUAAGCAAUUACAAGCUGGACAACAACUACUUGAGCGAGGGUUUCUCGUCCCCCCCACCAUGCGGGCAAGGCUACAUCACAUACCGCGCCAACUGUGCGGCCACGCCAGCAGCGGGCUUUGCAUGUGGUGCGGACGAGGCGCAAAAGACUGACCCUGUCUGCACUGCCUUCUGCGGCGUCAACGGCACCGCCACCCCUCCUGUCCCCGCCUGCAAUGGCCAUGGCGUGUGCUUCUUGGACGGCCCCAGCAACACGCCCACAUGCCUCUGUGACGAUAACUACGUGAUUGGGGAGUUCCCUGGCAGCUGCGUGCCUGUGGCAGGUGGUAAGACGGAGCAGGAUUUGACACCCACAGGAGCCAUGCUAACCGCCACGGGAGACGCAUCAGUGAAUGCAGCCACGCUCACUCUCACGCCUUCCCAGUCGUCCAAGGCUGGCAGUGUGUUCCUGGCAGCGCGCGUGCCGCUCUUCUCCUACCAGCUCAUUGGGGACUCCUGCGGCCGCCAGCUCGCCUUCUCCUCCUCCUUCUCCUUCACUCUCACCCGCCCUGCUGCCUCCGGCUCCGAAGGCUUUGCCUUUGUGGUGGCCUUUGAUGCCACCCCGCCCACAACACCGGUGGCGGGCGGCAUGGGGUAUGCGGGGAUGGGAGCGCGCAGCGUGGCAGUGGAGUUUGACACGUCGAUGGAUGCGGGCAACAGCGACCCUGACAGCAACCACGUGGGCAUCAACACCGGCGGCAGUGUCGUGUCAGUGGUCACAGCCAAGCCAAGCUUCCCCCUUAAUGACGGCACAGCCAAGUACGCGUGGAUCGAGUACGACCCUUCCUCCAGUGGCUCCCUGCGUGUCUUCCUCUCCUCCAAGGCGUCACCUCGCCCCACCACCCCCCUCCUGUCGGCACGCAUCUCCCUGUGUGAGGAGCUCGCCCCCUCCCCAUCGGAGUACACCUUUGCCACCGGCUUCACUGCUGCCUCCGCCACCCAGCCUCAAAGCCAUGUCGUCUCCUCCUGGACCCUCUCCACACAUUUUCCUAUCCAGCCAACGCCAGAUGCAGCGCUGGGCUUUACCUUCAGCGAGGCGGCACUCUCUUUAUCGGGGAUGAAUCUUUUCUUCCGCUAUGCCAGCUCGGGCAGUGUUGCUGCUGUGGGUGGCAACGACGUGUAUGGCGUGCGCCCCGCAGCUUCAUGGUUCCGUCCAAACUUCACAUGGCCUGUCAAGACACAAACCACUUGCGGCGACUGCUGGGCGUACGCAGUGGUGGGCAGCAUAGAGGCAGCAUACAGCAUUCUCGCCAACACCUCAGCCGUGCAGCCGCUGUCAGUGGAGCAGCUGAAGGCCGCCAUGAAGGUCGGCUGCUCUGGCAGCACGCCCUCUCAGGCCUUCCAGCUGCUGCUCAAGCUGGCACAAAAAGGAGGCGGGCUCGUGUUGGAGAGCCAGGCGUCGACUGGAAAUUCCAAGAAGGCCGUCGUGAAGGCAGGCAGCAGCAAUCCUCUUUGCUCUCCGCUGCUGAAGCCACUGGCAAAGCUGCUCGGUGUGUCGUGCGGCAACGGCUCUGCUAACCCACGUCUCCCCACUACAUUCCCCAUCAAGGGCUUUGAGUCGACGUCCUUCUACGGCUGGUUUGGGCUGCUGCUGGCCGUGCAGCGGCAGCCAGUGGUGGUGCACAUUGAGGCUUCCGCCGACUCGUUCAAGAACUACGAUGGGCUGUCCAAGUACCAGGACCCAGCGUGCUUCACGUACAACCUGAACCACGUGGUGCUGCUGGUGGGGUACCGCCUGGUGGGCAAGGACUCGCGCUUCCCCCACAUGGCGCCGCCCUUCUGGAUCAUCCGCAACUCAUGGGGGCCUGACUGGGGCGAUGGGGGCCACAUGCGCAUGGACAUCCAGGGGGGGGAUGGCGUGUGCGGCAUCAACUCGCUGCCAGGCCUCUACCCCGUGGUCAGAGGUGAGUGGGUGCACGGCCAAGGAACCCACCGUUUUGCUUCUGAGCCCUCCCUUCCCGCCCUCUCUCUACCUGCAGCCAACAAAGACCCUUGCAACAAGGCCGCCCGCAAUGAUAGCACUGGUUCGCUCUUCAAUCCUUGCGGGAAGUUCACUUGCACGGUGAAGGGCAAGACAAACGAGUGUGACUGCAACGACCCGCGCUUCAUCCAAGCAACCAACGCCGAUGGCUCUCGCACAUGCGCCUACAAGGAUGCAUGCAAGGCAGCCCAGCGCAAUCCGUGUGUGGUGGGGCAGUGCGUGGAUGACGGGGCGGGGUCGUACUCGUGUGUGUGUCCACCGGGCUUCAGGCAGGGCACCACCAUCGAUGGCACCUUCUCCUGUGCUCCAGGUGACACCAGCAACACCUACACCGUGCUCUCUCCCAACGUCCGCUGCUCAGAUGUCUUUCCGGUCUACGGCCUCACUCUCACCGAUUUCCAAACCCAGAACCCAUCGGUGUCGUGUGCAGCACCCAUCCCACCCUCCACGGUUCUCAAAGUGGCCAGCCCAGCCUCUCUUGUCGCCUGCUCCGUCUUCUACACCACUCAGCAGGGCGACACCUGCACGGCCCUAGCUGAGUAUUUCAAAGUGCACUGGUCCUGCCCAUCUGACAGCUGUCUGCCAGCCUUUCAGGCGCUCAACCCCAGCUUGGACUGCACUGCCAACGGCGGGCUGCUGCAGCCCGAGCAGGCGGUGUGUAUGGAGCGCAUAAAGAGAAAAGUGGGGCUCAUCCCGGUGUGCUCGCAGUACUACCUGGUGCAGAGCGCAGAGACGUGCGAGUCCAUCCGCAAUGUGCCCUACCCCCCUCUGAGCCCCGUUGACUUCUUCCGCCUCAACCCCGGCAUCAAGUGCAACCGCCUCCUUCCCAAAACUGAUGUUGACGGCUUCACUGGCUUUGAGGCAUGCAUUGGGAGCUCCACGUCGUACAAGCAGGGCACGUGCCCGCGUGCGAAUGCGUAUGUGGUGGGGACAGGCGACAGGUGCACGGCCAUUCAGGUGAAGUACUUCCGGGGCAUUAAGGGCUGCUACAAGCACAUCAACGGAUACGACUGCAUCGACAAGCUCAUCAAAGCAACCCGCGUGUGCCUGCCUGACAAAGUCAAGCUUCAGCAAGGAGUCUGUGACAACUGA